AUGGAAGAGCCGACCCAGCCUCCCCCUUAUGCGCUCUUCGAUCCCCACCCGGAAGACUGUGAAUGCGCCAUUCACGUCCAUAAGCCCCGACCAAACAGACCGAUCAUAGUCGAAGCCUUCCAGUCGCAAGGGUGCAACUCGUGUCCGCCCACAAACACGCUGUUGCUAUCGCUUCUCACCCUAGCCGAUCCCAACAUCCUCGUGCUCGACUAUCACGUCACAUACUGGGACCAUCUCGGUUGGAAGGAUCCUUUCGGCAUCCCAGAGGCAGACGCUCACCAGCGCGAGUAUGCUGAAGCGAGUGGUACAUCGAGACUGUACACUCCGCAAGUCAUUGUGAAUGGCGUAUCGCAAGGCAUAGGCAAUUCAACAGGGAAGCUGGAGAAGUUGAUCAAGGACGGUGGCCAUCUAGCGAGUAAAGAUUGGCCAUGGUUGCUGUUCUCGAAACUCGAGGAAGGUGUACUAAUCAGAGAGGCGACCCCAGCUGCUGCUGCCAUCGGUCGGCGAGGCAGAGUCUUCGAGGUCCUCUACGAUCCAAUCCUGCAAGAGGUGGAGAUACCUAGAGGCGAGAAUGCUGGAAGGACUUUGGCGCAUCGGAAUGUUGUCAAGAGUGUCAGAUCCCUAGGCGAGUGGAGGGGUGGACGAGGCGUGGUGCGACUGGAGCCUCGAGAUAAUGCGGACGGUUUGGAGCGAGUGUUGAUAGUGCAAGAGGGAGGUGCUGGCGGCCAGGUAAUCGGAGUUGCGAGGAUACAUUUCUAG